GGGACCCCGUGUCAUCGCCCGCCCCGAGCACGAUGCGCCCCAAAAAGGGAGGUGAUGGAAUUAAACCGCCCCCAAUCAUUGGAAGAUUUGGAACCUCCUUGAAAAUUGGUAUUGUUGGAUUGCCAAAUGCUGGGAAAUCUACCUUCUUCAAUGUAUUAACCAAUAGUCAGGCUUCAGCAGAAAACUUCCCAUUCUGCACUAUUGAUCCUAAUGAGAGCAGAGUACCUGUGCCAGAUGAAAGGUUUGUUUGCCAGUACCACAAACCAGCAAGCAAAAUUCCUGCCUUUCUAAAUGUAGUGGAUAUUGCUGGGCUUGUGAAAGGAGCUCACAAUGGGCAAGGCUUGGGAAAUGCCUUUUUAUCUCCUAUCAGUGCCUGUGAUGGAAUCUUUCAUCUAACACGUGCUUUUGAAGAUGAUGAUAUCAGGCAUGUUGAAGGAAGUGUAGAUCCUAUUCGAGAUACAGAAAUAAUACACGAAGAGCUUCAGCUUAAAGAUGAGGAAAUGAUUGGGCCCAUUAUAGAUAAAGUAGGAAAAGUGGCUGUGAGAGGAGGAGAUAAAAAAUUAAAACCUGAAUAUGAUAUAAUGGGCAAAGUCAAAUCCUGGGUUAUAGAUCAAAAGAAACCUGUUCUCUUCUAUCAUGAUUGGAAUGACAAAGAGAUUGAAGUGUUGAAUAAACACUUAUUUCUUACUUCAAAACCAAUGGUCUACUUGGUUAAUCUUUCUGAAAAAGACUACAUUAGAAAGAAAAACAAAUGGUUGAUAAAAAUUAAAGAGUGGGUGAACAAGUAUGACCCAGGUGCCUUGGUCAUUCCUUUUAGUGGGGCCUUGAAACUCAAGUUGCAAGAAUUGAGUGCUGAGGAGAGACAGAAGUAUCUGGAAGCGAACAUGAUACCAAGCGCUUUGCCAAAGAUCAUUAAGGCUGGGUUUGCAGCACUCCAACUAGAAUACUUUUUCACUGCAGGCCCAGAUGAAGUAUGUGAAUGGACCAUCAGGAAAGGGAUGAAGGCUCCUCAAGCUGCAGGAAAGAUUCACACAGAUUUUGAAAAAGGAUUCAUUAUGGCUGAAGUAAUGAAAUACGAAGAUUUUAAAGAGGAAGGUUCUGAAAAUGCGGUCAAGGCUGCUGGAAAGUACAGACAACAAGGCAGAAAUUACAUUGUCAAAGAUGGAGAUAUUAUCUUCUUCAAACUUAAUAUACCUCAGCAACCUAAGAAGAAAUAAAUUUUAUUGUUCAGAUAAAUGUACAACUUCCAAAAAGGGAUAGGAUUUCUUUUAAUUAAAAUUUCUGAAAACUGAGGGACAAAUACAGUUGGGGGAUGGGAAUCUUCUAAAAACAGAAUUAUUUUUGUUUUAAAAUUAAAACACUGUGUACCUCCAAUG